UUGAAAGGCAAGAAUGUCGUGGUGACCGGAGGGGGCACCAACAUCGGCCGUGCUAUCACGCUGGCGUUCGCGGUCGAGGGAAGCAACGUUGCCAUCGCGGAAUUGAACCGCACCGCCGGGGAACAGGUGGCCGCCGAGGUGAACGCGAUGGACAACGGCGCAACGGCCAUCGUGGUCGAUGCGGAUGUUACCGAUAAGGCAAGGACUGACGCCAUGAUGGCUGAAUUGGUCAGCCGCCUGGGUGGAGUGGACGUGCUGGUCAAUAACGUAGGCUGGACCAUCGACCGAUUGUUCGUGGAAAAAUCCCGGGACGAACACGUAAAGGAAGUGGAUUUGAACCUCUGGGGGGCCAUCAACUGCAUCAACGCAGUAUUGCCCCACAUGAUUGACCGGCAGUCCGGUUCCAUCGUCAGCAUCAGCAGCGAUGCCGGCCGAAUGGGCGAAUAUCGCGAGGCGGUUUAUUCGGCUUGCAAAGCUGGGGUCAUCGCGCUGAGCAAGUCGAUCGCCAGGGAAACCGGGCGCUAUGGUCUGCGGUUGAACAUGGUUUGCCCGGGACUGGUUGUGCCGGCGCAGCAAGAUGUGUCGAAUCCCGAUAGCAUGUGGGCGCAGGGGAUGCAGGAUAUCUUCACCGAAGACGUGCUGGAGCGGGUACGGCGGGCAUACCCGUUGCGGCGAAUGGGAACGGCGCAGGAGGUGGCGAACGCGGUGGUGUUCUUGGCUUCCGACGCGGCCAGCUUCAUCACCGGCCAAACUCUGAGCGUUUCAGGUGGCUACACCAUGAUGUAG